AUGUAUGGUCUUCAUUAUACAUCUAAUUUUGAAAUUUUUGAUUUACAUGGACUAAUACGUCUUGUUUUGCCAAGAACACAUUUUUCAUAUAAAAAUCCUACAUUUGAUAAUCAAGCUUGCAUCACUGAAUUUUGCAUAAACAAAAUCGCUAACUUCAUAUACGAACAUAAGAUGAGGGAUCAUCUCGAUCGUUCAAUUAAUUACAUUCGUAGAUUACCGAAGUCAACGAAUUAUAACCAAAGAUUGCAUGAACUUGCCGAUAGAGCGGAAAAUGCUGUCAAGAAGUGGAAAGAGUAUGAAGACAAUAGUACUUCUUCUGAAAAAUGGAAAUAUUUAUCAAACACAAGAUCAUUAUCAAUAAUGAUCUUAACUGCUUAUGUAUUGGAUGCCGAAACCGCAAUAAAAAUAAGCAGGAGAGAUCAAGAAAUUGGUGGAAAAGAUGCUAUGAGCAAAGGAUACUGA